UUGAAUAUUGAUUGAUGCCGUAUAUGGGUUAGGUGCGUUUAAGGUUUAAAGACUCUUGCUACAAAUUUCUCUUUCAUCGCAGAGAUUUUAUUAUAUUUCUAUAAUCUCUUAAAGACUGUCUCUACGAAUUUCUAAUCGAGGAUAUUUCGUUGGGAAAACUGAUAUAUAGUUUGAAACAGUCGAGAUACGGAAAAAGACAAGUUUGCAAAGUAUUCUGCUAAAGCUCGGGGCUCACAAUGUCGACGAUCGUGGAAAAGAUCAAAGAGAUCGAGCUCGAAAUGAGCCGUACUCAGAAAAACAAGGCGACUAGUUUCCAUUUGGGACAACUGAAAGCCAAGCUAGCAAAGUUGAAGCGCGAGCUGCUCACUCCUACUAGCGGCGGCGGUGGAGGCGGAGUUGGAUUCGACGUUGCUAGAACUGGUGUUGCAUCCGUGGGAUUCAUUGGAUUUCCUAGUGUGGGUAAAAGUACGCUGAUGAGUAAGCUCACCGGCACGCACUCGGAAGCAGCAGCAUACGAGUUCACGACGCUGACGACCGUUCCCGGCGUCAUCAUGUACCGCGGCGCUAAGAUCCAGAUUUUGGACUUGCCGGGUAUCAUUGAAGGUGCCAAGGACGGCAAAGGUCGAGGUCGCCAGGUUAUCGCGGUCGCGCGCACUUGCAACUUGAUUUUUAUCGUGCUUGAUGUUAUGAAGCCGCUUACGCACAAGAAGAUUAUUGAGUCGGAGUUGGAGGGAUUUGGUAUCCGGAUAAACAAAUCUCCGCCCAACAUUAUCAUCAAGAAAAAGGACAAAGGAGGACUGAAUAUCACAAACACGGUACCUCUGACGCAUCUCGACCAUGGAGAAAUCAAGGCCGUAAUGUCAGAGUACCGGAUUUCGUCUGCUGAUGUGUCGAUCCGAUGCGACGCCACUGUGGACGACCUCAUUGAUGUACUUGAGGCCCAGAAUCGUCGGUAUAUACCUGUGAUUUAUGCGCUCAAUAAGAUUGAUUCCAUCUCUAUCGAGGAGCUGGACUUGUUGUACAGAAUUCCAAACGCCGUACCGAUUUCGUCUGAGCAUGGUUGGAAUGUUGACGAGCUGCUGGAGAUGAUGUGGGACAAGCUCAACCUAGUCCGCGUAUACACAAAGCCCAAGGGCCAAGCGCCCGACUACGAGCAGCCAAUUGUUUUGCGACAGGGACACUGCACUAUCGAGAAUUUCUGCAAUGCGAUCCACAAGAGUCUUGUCGAGCAAUUUCGGACGGCGGUUGUUUACGGAUCAAGCGUGAAGCAUCAACCGCAGUUUGUGGGUCUUGCCCAUGUUCUCAAUGACGAGGACGUCGUUACGAUCUUGAAAAAAUAGAAAGCAUCCCGAGAGUUUUGCUUUGUUGUCUCUUAUCACCGGAUCGGGCGGGAUGGGAUAUACAUGCCGCCUGUCUUGUGGGAGAGGGGAC